UCAAGCAAGUAGCGGAACUAUUGUUCUCAAACCCUGUUUAUAGACGGAAAUAUAUCGUCGACGGACAAGCAUGGGCACCACUAGUGCUGUACGUCAGGUUCUUCGGUGGACUGUGAGAAAUGCCACCUCCUCUGUAUGCAGUCCACUUCAGUUUGGGAGAUGGUCCCUGCAGCCACUGUGCAUCCGGUGUAGAUUGUUCUGUUCCUCCAGCAGCAGUCUGCCAUCAGGACAACACAGCCAUGAAGCAGCUCCUCUGUGGAGGAAGACAGUCACAGAGCUGUCCCUACGCUCUUUAGCUGAUAUGGGAUUCACAGACACUCAGGCAGAACAGAUAUAUGAAUCUGUGUCCAAAGCCAGAGGGGGAAGUGCUGCCAAACAUGCUCUGUCAAGUCUCACAGCUCUGUUUGUUUUGGGCCUCAACCCUUCCAGUGUGCUGAAGAUACUGGAGAAAUGUCCUGAACUUUACACUGUCAAGGAAUCACAGCUUCAGCAGCGCAUAGGCAACCUGCGGAAACUAGGUUUAGUUGAAGGAAGUCUUCAGAGAGUGGUGGCCCAUUACCCUCAGAUCCUGACUGCGCCUGUGAAGACAAUAAAAAGUGUGGUGGUGUUCCUCAGAGAGAAGUGCCUGUUUACAGCUCAGCAGGUCACGGACAUCCUCAGAGAUAGUCCAGCCAUAGUGCAAGAGAACCUGGCUCAGCUGGAGUACAAGUUUCAGUACGUCUACUUCAGAAUGGGUAUCAAACAGACGGAGAUGGUGAAGUCCAGGUUAUUCCGUUUCACUCUGGACGAGGUGCGCUGUCGACACAGUUUUCUGGAGCGCAGGGGCUUGUACCAAACCCCAGACAAGAAAGGACAGACGGCCAUCAUCAACCCCAAACUGGACAGCAUCCUUAACAUUGACCAGGACACUUUCCUCACGGAUGUUGCCAAGGCGUCAGCGGAGGAGUAUGAUGUGUUUCAGAGACUGAUGGCAAGAGAAUGGCGGGAACAGGAGCAGCAGGAGCAGCAUGGCAACAUCGAAGUCGACAGUGAUGAUGAGGAAGAAGAGGAUGACGAAGAGGAAGAGGAGACUGGAGGCAAGAGUGGCUACAGGAAGAGAAGAAAGAAAUGACAGUGAGGGAAAGGACUGAGAGAACUGAAAAUAAAUUAGGGGGGAAAUUACAUGAUUAUAGAAAUGACAAAGGCAUCGAUUAUUCUAAGCUUUGUGUGUAGGAACCAUAGAGGAUUUUUAUCUAAAACACACAUGGAAACAUAAUUGUUGCCUGGUUUGUCCCCUCAUGAACGUAGCCAUGAUAGCUACAGACUGAGUGAACCUUCUGGUCCUGAAGUUGAUUUCUGUGUUUGUGUAAGUGGCCUCAUGCGGAUGUGAGAUGCAGUGACGUCAAUCAAUGUUGGGUAAGGCUAAUAGAUGACAACUCCGUACUGAUGAGUUACAACUGUCAUGUUUGAACAUAGUGAAUAAUGUAUCCCAUAUAUUUGCUUAACUGUCAAAAAAUACUUUUCCUUGAAGUGACCUCAUAAAUAAGUAAUUUCAGAAGCUCGACUGUCUUGAUGCUUGAUGCACUGAAAUUAAAAGGAAAUGUGAAACUAA